GGAAAACUCGAUUUGCCCCAUGUUGCCGCUUCCUUGCGGGCUUUUUAACCCACGCGCUGUUCGCCUGGCAAUUGUACAUGCCCUUCUCGCUUUUCUCCAAUAACCUGGCUUAGUCGCCAACAGCGCAGGGACGCUGGGUUCAUAGCAAUCGUGUCGCAAAAACGCCCUGGACAAGCUCGCCUCUGCUUCGCGCACUCACGUCCUAAUGAAUCCCAUCAUUCCUACCCCUGAACAGGUGCCUGUCCUCUAUGUAAUAGUAGUAUAUACCGUUGUCAUCUUUGCAUUCUGGGUGAUUCCGGGCGCACGAGUCGUCAUCACUCCAUUGAAGCUCUUCACUAUCGGCUGGCAUGAGUUCUGUCAUAUCGUUGCUGCCGUCUUCACGGGAGGCACUGUCAACAGAGUGUCCAUUGACCCGGAUAACGGUGGGAUCACCCAAGUCCAUGGCGGGAACCACCCCGUAAUUCUAAUCUCUGGCUACAUUGGGUCGACGAUCAUGGGAGGCGUUUUCAUGCUCGCCGGCUUCGACAUCCUUGUGGCCAAGAUCUUGAGCUUUGUGCUAGGACUUGGUCUGAUCGCGCCGCUUGUGCUGGUCCGCAACAAACUAACAAUACUGCUCAUCAUUGUAUAUGAGGGCAUUCUGGUUGGGUUCUGGUUCAUCGACCAUGGUCAAGCGCUCCGUUGGUACUGUCUGUUUGUCGGGGUCAUGAACAUCUUUUAUGUCGUCUGGGACGUAGCGGACGACAAGUACUUUCGGAAGCAGAAUGACUCAGAUGCGACGCAAUUCGCCAUCAUGUAUCCCGUUCUACCUGCGCAUAUUUGGGCAACCGUAUGGAUUCUGUUCGAGAUCGGGAUCUUGGUCAGUUUUGUCCUCUUGGGCAUCGUCGCUUUCAAGCGUACGAACGCCCAGAUGUACGCUGAAGCUGGUGAGUCGCCGAAUUCAACACGCGUAGUGCUGUCUCACUCGUUGAUGGGGUCGUCUACAGCGCACUUCCUCCCGACGUGA